AUGGCCUUCGAAGAGACAGGAGUUCGACGGGUACCCCCGAGGAGGGAAAGAAGAAGUGCAUACAACGACUCCGAAGAGAACGAGCAAGAUGCUCACGGCGCUCUGGGCACUGGAGCUAGUGCUGCAACAUCAACGUCAGCCUCUCACCACCAGACAAUACUUGCAGAGUCUGAUCUCACGACCAGACAACUGCAGGAGAUUACAAGAAUCACCCAGGCAAGAGGUCGUGAGCUUCAGCAAGCGAUCCUCGCCCACCAUGUGGGAGACGAGGACGCACAAGUGAGGAGGUGGAGACAACGCCGCCAAGACUGGGGGACACAGAUCAGUGACGCCUACACGAGCGACACUGGGGAGCGCAUGACCACAGCCAACCCCAUCCAGAUGCUCCGACUCCUCUGGCGCUGCCAGAAUCGACAACUCCAGGACCAGACACUGGAGGACUAUCAAGCAAGGGCCAACUGGGAAGCUUGGAACAUGUUUGCGAGACAGUCCCAAGUGUUCGUGAGGGAGCUUGAGGCAGAGUUGGCGGCAGCGCAAGAGGCUGUCAGUGAAGAGUGA